AUGCAGCUCACCAUCAUUAUCAUUGCUAUGCUGGCCACCACUGCCUCUGAUACGCCUUCUCUAAAUGUAUCCGAGAAGCGCACCUGUGUCGACAUUGAGAUUAAUCCAGAUUCUUUGGAAACAGGGAUUGGAAACUACAAAGUUGCCUGCCAGAAGUGGCAUUGCUUGAUGUGGUGGCUGGCAAUGCGUUGGGGCCACUGGGUGGAACGACAGUGUUUGUAUCCCCAACUACUAGAGGAUCGAUCAAUGUGA